CAAGGUGAUCUUCAACUUGUUGCCUUUAAUCACUAGGAAAAAACGAGUCAUAAACAAGCACGGAAGAUGAGACCUUAUCCUUUUAAACACACGAUCCAAACAGCACAACCCAGUUGGAAUUGUUAGAGGCCGCGCUCUUGAGCUCCAAGAGUCUCGUCCUGGUCCUUUAAGGAUGCGAGCGAGGGGGCCGGGCCUAGAGCGGAAGUUGUAUAGCUAGGCCGAAGUCCUGCGGAUGAAGGGCGGAAGUAGCUAGUUCAGUUUGGAAAUCAUGGCGCAGGAAAAGGAAGAUGUUAGAGAUUACAAUUUAACUGAGGACCAGAAAGCAAUCAAGGCCAAGUAUCCUCCAGUCAUUCAGAAGUACGAAUAUUUGGAUCAUACAGCAGAUGUCCAGCUACACGCAUGGGGAGAGACUCUGGAGGAGGCAUUCGAGCAGUGUGCCAUGGCCAUGUUCGCAUACAUGACAGACACGGGGACUGUGGAGCCCCUCUGGACAGUAGAAGUAGAAGCGCAAGGAGAUGACUUGCAGUCUCUUCUGUUCCACUUUUUGGAUGAAUGGCUUUAUAAGUUCAGUGCCGAUGAAUUCUUCAUACCCCGGGAAGUAAAAGUACUUAAUAUUGAUCAAAGAAAUUUCAAAUUACGUUCCAUUGGGUGGGGAGAAGAAUUUUCACUUUCCAAGCAUCCUCAGGGAACAGAAGUCAAAGCAAUAACAUAUUCAGCAAUGCAAGUCUAUAAUGAAGAGAAACCAGAAGUUUUUGUGAUCAUUGACAUUUAAAACACUAAAAAAAAGAGAAAGACCUAUGAAGAGCUGCUUUUUUUCUUCUUGAGAAGAUAAAAUAAUUGCAUUUUUCUAGUAUCUUUUGACAAAUGGAAAGUUUUAGAACAGAAAAUUUUAAAGCGUGACUUUCAGAAGUAGAAAAUUAACUGCGCAUGGUGGCAUUUGCUUGUAAUCCCAUCUACCCUGGGGACUAAGGAAAGAGGAUGAAAAAUUUGAGGCCAGGGCCAGGGAUUUAGCUCAGUGCUGCCUCCCUUU